AUGUCUGAUAUCCCUUCUUGUUCUAGCGGCAAUAAUACAAACAACAACGACUCGAGUAACUUUGAAUGUAACAUUUGCUUAGACUUGGCUCAAGAUCCCAUUGUCACUCUCUGUGGUCACUUGUUCUGUUGGCCUUGCUUAUACAAAUGGCUACAUCUCCAUUCACAAUCAAAGGAAUGCCCGGUUUGCAAAGCCGUCGUCGAAGAAGAUAGAUUGGUUCCUUUGUACGGUCGAGGCAAAUCAUCUACUGACCCUAGAGCCAAGUCCAUUCCAGGACUCCAAGUGCCAAACCGUCCAUCGGGACAGAGACCCGAAACAGCACAACCUCCUGACCCAAACCAUGGUUUUGCUGCUCAUCAUCAAGGGUUUGGAGGGUUCAUGGGAGGCUUUGCAGCUCCAAUGGCGAGUGCGCGGUUUGGGAAUGUUACAUUGUCUGCAGCGUUUGGCGGUCUGAUUCCUUCUUUGUUCAAUCUCCAUUUCCACGGAUUCCCUGAUGCAGCCAUGUAUGGAGCUGCUGCUUCUGGUGGCUUCCCUCACGGGUUCUCAAACCCGUUUCACGGAGGACAUUCGCAUAUGCAUAGCUAUCACCGGCACACGGGAAGACAAGGGCAACAAGAUUAUCUCUUGAGGGGAUUGCUUUUCUUUCUUUUUUUCGUCGUUGUGGUUUCCCUCUUGUUAAGCUAG